AUGCUGUCUAUUCUCAGGAAAGCACGUUUGAAGGAUAAAGAGAUGCGCAUAUUAAUGCUGGGGUUAGACAAUGCCGGAAAAACGACGAUUGUGAAACGAAUUAUGAAUGAAGACGUCACCUCUGUUAGCCCAACCCUGGGAUUUAUCAUCAAAACAAUCGAAUUUAUGGAAUACAAACUCAACAUUUGGGACGUGGGCGGGCAGAAGACAUUACGCUCCUACUGGAAAAAUUACUUUGAAAAGACUGACACAUUGGUCUGGGUCGUCGAUGCCACCGAUAAACUCCGGGUGGACGACUGUCGCGAGGAACUAGCUGGUCUGCUUCUGGAAGAGCGACUCAUGGGAGCCAGUCUCCUAGUUUUCUUGAACAAAACCGAUGUGGAACAUUGCAUGACUGAGGAGGAGGUGCGCGAGGUGAGUGAUGGCAUCAUGAUGCCGGUAGAACCGGUAGAACCGGUAGAGACCGGCCAGCUUGAGACUGACUUGCUGCAGCGCCUUGGUCUGGAUUUGAUCAAAACCCAUAAAUGGACUAUUCUCCCCUGUAGUGCCAUGACCGGUAAGAACCUUCACGAGGGUUUGGAAUGGGUUGUACAGGAUGCGAAGGACCGGUUAUUCCUAUAUUAG